GGGUUUUAGUGUGAGUGUGUGUGUGAGAAAACUAAAUAAAUUACACACACAGCAGUACUAGCCACACAAGAAUACACGAGAGUUUAAUUUAAUUACAAGCCCAAAAACCCAAAAAGGCAGGUGUGUCUGUGUAUGUGUGCUCGAUAAUUGUUUAUAGCAAGUGUAAGUGGAAGAAACAGCUGGCUACAGAGAGAGAGAAAAAAAAACAAAGUUCACACACAAAAAAAAACCCAAACUGAGUUAUGCGAAAAAAUUGAUUUUCCACAGCGAUUACAGUUGCAGAAGCCAGCUGAAAAAGUAAAAACCUCACCCAACACCCCCAAUCAACUGUGCGUGUGUGUGUGCGAGAGUGUGUGUGUGUCUGCGAGUGUUUUGUGUGGCUGACUGCAACAGCAGCAAGUGAUAUAAAAGGCAACUAGGAAAUUAAACGCGCCUCGCUGCCGGCGCAUGCAAUGAAUAUUGUCGGGGAAUAUGAAUACAGCUCCAAGGAUAUGCUUGGCCAUGGCGCCUUCGCUGUGGUCUACAAAGGACGCGAUCGCAAGAAACACAUGCCAGUGGCUAUUAAAUGCAUUACCAAAAAGGGGCUCAUCAAGACGCAGAAUUUACUCGGCAAGGAGAUCAAAAUUCUUAAGGAACUAACGGAGCUGCACCAUGAGAACGUUGUGGCCCUGUUGGAUUGCAAAGAGUCCCAGGAUUGUGUCAAUCUGGUCAUGGAGUAUUGCAAUGGCGGUGAUCUGGCGGAUUAUCUGAGCGUUAAGGGCACCUUGAGCGAGGACACAGUCAGACUAUUUCUCAUACAACUAGCUGGUGCCAUGAAAGCACUUUAUACCAAAGGAAUUGUGCAUCGUGAUCUCAAACCACAAAACAUUCUACUGUCGCACAACUAUGGCAAAACUUUGCCAGCACCAUCGAAAAUAACGCUGAAAAUUGCUGAUUUUGGAUUCGCUCGUUUUCUCAACGAGGGCGUCAUGGCAGCUACCCUGUGCGGCUCUCCCAUGUACAUGGCACCGGAAGUGAUUAUGUCGCUACAAUAUGAUGCAAAAGCCGAUCUCUGGUCGCUGGGCACGAUUGUCUAUCAAUGUCUGACGGGCAAGGCGCCAUUCUAUGCACAAACGCCCAACGAGCUGAAGUUCUACUACGAGCAGAAUGCGAAUCUGGCUCCCAAAAUACCGCAUGGCGUAUCGCCGGAUUUGCGCGAUUUAUUGCUGUGUCUGCUGCGUCGUAAUUCCAAGGAUCGCAUAUCCUAUGAGAGCUUCUUUGUGCAUCCCUUUCUGCAGGGCAAGAAGGCAGCCGUCUCGCCAGCUGAUUUGCCAUCGAUGUCUAGCGGCACUCCGCCCUUCAAGGCAAAGAGUCCGCUGCAACAGCAACUGGAGCAGGAGCUGCAGCUGGUCAAACUGGCCGAGCAGCAGCAGAAGGAGCGUGAAGAGCAGGAGGCAGCGAUGGAUGAGGAGAAUGCCAUCUCUGUGGUGCGUAAUCCGGCUAUUUGCGCCACCAUUACCCCGGUGGGUGUGCUGUGCGAUAGCGAGAACAACAGUGCCUCCUGCAGUUCGCACGAGGACUCGGAUGAUUUUGUGCUGGUGCCCAAGAAUCUGCCCGAGGAUCAGCGUCAGGGCCAGACAGCAGCCGGGCAGGCUCGUCAGCCGCAGCAGCAGCAGCAGCCCACACAGAACCAAUCCAGUCCACCUCGUCCCAGCAGUUUGCCCAUCUCGGAGCCCAAGCCAGUGCCUGCACCGGCUCGUCGCCAGCUUCCAAAUGUGGGCGCUGGUGUUGCCGUCGGCUCGCCGGGUCGGCAGAGUGGCAUGCCGCUCACCGUGGCCACCUUGGCGGCUGCUGGUCAUCAAAUACCGCGAUCGCAGCCAAUCAGUGUUAAGCAGCCGCGUCCGGAUCAGCGCAAGAGCAGCGUCAGCAGUGACAUCAACUCUAUUUCGCCGCCGGCCGUGCAAUUUGCAAUUGGCACCCCGCCGACCCGGAUGCGUUCCGCUUCUGGUGGCUCGCUGUCGGAGACACCGCCGGCGCAUGCGCCCAGCACAUGGCAAGUGUCGCCGGGACACUCACAGUCGCCGUUGCGCAGAAGUGGCAACAGCUCGCCGGUGCUUCCGUCCGCCGCGUUGACCAAACUGCCAACACUUGGCAGUCCCACGCUGCUAGUGGCACCCGGGUCCCUGGGCUCGAUUGGAUCUGCAGGCAGCGGAUCGGAGAAUAACAAUCACCAUCACCACAUGCUGGGACCGCGUGCCUUUACGCUGCCCGAAUUGGGUGCCACUGGCGGCCUGCAUAGCCUGCUGGACACAGCUCCGGGCACAGAGCCGCAUGCAUUCCUGGCCCCGGAGCUGUCCGAGGAGACGCUAAUGGAUCGCGAGCACAACGAAACACUUUCCAAGCUCAACUUCGUGCUGGCACUCACCGAUUGCAUCCAAGAGGUGGCCGACUCUCGUUGUGCGCCGCUCUCAACGCUGAUGGUCGCCGGCAGCCAGAACGCAGCCGAGCACCAUCAUAUUCCACCUCACGCCCCGGAGCACUGCAAGCGAGCGGAGCGUCUGGUGCUUCUUGUUCGCGCCCUCCAGCUGCUAUCGUCCGGCUUAAACCUGGCUUCGCACCAGCUGCGCAACGGUCAGCUGAAGCCGUCGUCGAAUGUGAAGAACGCGCUGCUCACCAUGAAUGCCAAAUAUCGCAGCAUCUUGUCGGAGUCGAAGCGUCUCAAUGGCACCGGCCUCCUACAGAAGGCAAACGCAUUUAACAUAACCGCAGAUAAAAUACUCUAUGACUAUGCGCUGGAUAUGUGUCAGGCGGCUGCUUUGGAUGAGCUUCUCAAAAAUACGAAGAACUGCUUUGAACGCUACAAUACUGCACACAUUUUGCUCCACUCUUUGGUGCAAAAGUGCAAUCAUCCACAGGACAAAUUGCUGUUGAAUAAAUAUCGCGAUGCCGUCGAGAAACGCUUGAGCAUAUUACAGCAGCAUGGAUACAUCUAUGUAACCGAUGAGAAUGCCUAGAGAGAAAGAGAGAGCAAUCCACACAUCCAUUGUCGACAAUUCCUUAAGUUAUUUGCCCCAUUUAAGUUGAGCGUACAACAUGUGAUUAAAGAAAAACUACGAGUACUCUAUACACACAUACACACAGAUCUACACACAAAGCUACAAGUAAUAUUAAAGAAAUAACAACAGAUCGUUUCAAGUGCAAAAUCUUAGUCGAGACUUGAGCAACUUUUAAACUGACAACCAAACUGACAGUUGUCCAAUGUAAAUAUUUUGAUAUGCGAGUACGUGCGUAGUUUUUGUUUCUUUUUUUAAAUAUAAUUUUUGUUAAAGCUUAUAAAUGCGCCUGCGCUCGACGCUCAUAUAGUCUUUAAGUUAUGAAUAAUGUAAACAUACACAUAUAUAUACAUCUAUAUAUAUAUAUAUAUACACACGCAAAAUAUAUAUAUAUAUAGGCAUGUUUCGAUUUAUUAAUUACAUACACGAAACAAAGGAUAAUCAGCAAUGUUUAUGGGCAGAAUGCAAGCCAAACUCAGUUUAAAUUAUGUUACGAAAUCGCAUAUAGGUGCAGGCAACUUUCAAUAGGUUUGUUCGCAUAAUUUAUAUGUCUAUUAUUAUUAUAUAAUCAAAAUUUUCCAUUUAACAAAUGUCAUUUCGAUAUUUCUUUGUGCAUACAAUACGCGUAUAUUUAUGGCUGCACAACACAAACAAUUUAAAAUGUGCUAUGUUCAUAGUUUUUAGUUAGGUUUUCCCUUAAACAAUCAACACAAACAUUAAAACAAAUAAUAAUAAUUUAUGUCAAGCAUAUUUUAAAGAAACUUAAGUUUUUUACAAAGCCCACAAAUUUAAUAAGAUAAUAUGUAUGAUAUACAG